AUGGCUCAGAAGGAAUCCCAGGCCGAGACGCCCGGGAUCAUCAGUCAUCUCAAUCCAGUCUACUGGUGGCCGAAGCUAGAGCUGGACUCGCGGACUGCCCUUAUGAUGAUGAAAGGUGCAUUGGCGCCAACUAUCACUAUUGCCAUAUAUCAAAGCAGUGCUAUUUCAGACAUCACUACUACUAUUGGGUACUUGUCAGCCUUGAUUUCCGUCCUUUCCCAGGCCUUGAUGCCCCGGGCCAAAUUCAUGAAGAUUAUUUUCUAUGAUAUAUUAUCUGCUUGUGUGUCUGCCUCACUCUGCUGUCUUGCCGUCUUCUGUUCUGUUAGGGCAAGAGAGCACAACACCCCUGCAGAUGCUAGCGAGAGUGUGCGGACUGGCUACAACAGCGAUGCAUGUGCGGUGGCUGCGAUUUGGUUGCUCUUCAUGAUUUGGGGUGCGAACUCACUACGUGCACUGAAACCGAUGGAAUUGCAAGACCCCAUGGUUGCGUUUUCCAUUUUUGCUUCAGUUACCAUCACCCGUGCAGGCAUGUUCACAACCCUGUCCGAAGGCCUCGAAUUUAUUGCGCGGCUUCUAAAGGGGUUCAUGAUUGGGUUCGCCAUCGCAACGGGCGUCUCACUACUGAUCGUCCCAAUAACAAGCAGAGGCAACGUUUUUCACGACAUGAAAGACUACAUAACAUCAAUAGACGAACUUCUCCAAUCCCAAAUAUCAUUCGCGGAAGACAGCUCCGUAACUGGGCUAUUCAGCAGACGCGUUCAGCUUCGCAGGGCACGGACCGCGAAGAGCGCCCGGGAUAUGCAGAGCGAGGGUGAAGCAGAUCUGCAAUUCAAGCAAAAGGCGCUUCAGGGAUACAUGACUAAACUCAAUGGCUUACACAGCAAGUUGCAUGCUGAUCUUUUCUACUCCAAAGAUGAGAUUGCGUGGGGUAAAUUGUCCGCAGAAGAUCUUAGCAGCAUCGUCUCUUUAUUCCGGAGCCUUCUUCUUCCACUGUCUGGAAUGUCCAUGUUGCCUGAGAUCCUAGACACAAUAAUCAAGAAUGAAGGAAAUGACGACGCACGGGACGACAACGACGAUCUGGACGAAGGGGCACGGAAACACUCUGAAAUCCAAAAAGUGGUGGAGACGCAUCAUGCGCGGCUGGUGGACGCCUCACACCUGGUGAAACAGGGACUAAGCCAUUUCCUAUUAGUUCUGGAGCUUAUCAAACCUAAGCAUUUGGACCCGAAAAAGACGCACCGUGGUGGAUCCCAUGCCAGGGACGAAGAAGCAAGGGGUGAAAGUUUAAGCCCUCUCCAACCAGACUUUACAUCUCGCUUUGAAACCGAGCUGCGCAGCUAUUACUCUCGUCGGAAAGAUCUCCCGGAGGCACUGGCAUCUCUUGAGGCAUUUUCUGCUUCGGAGAAGGUCGAUGGUUCUGCUACCACGAUUCCAUCUGGGAUACUCGGGGCGGACCCUGACGUACGGCAAGAAUUCUUCUUGAUUCUGUUCAUGAGCCAUCUGCAAGAUGAUCUGCUCAAUGCAACGCUGCAGUUGGUCAAGUUCGCCGAUAGCAAAGUUGCUGAUGGGACAAUGAAACGCAGCCGACUGAUCUUUCCAAAACAAAGAUCGAUUCGCCAGUGGUUCUCGCUCAGCGCAGACCAGAAGGACGCUAAGCCUUCAGAUAGUCGGCAGUCAUCCCGGGUCGAUCCCUCGAACAUACACCGUCCUCAGGCAUUUCCUGGUUUUCCAGAUCCAGAGCAUCUUCAGGCAGAGAAUAUCUGGGAGAAAGGAAGUAGCGUACUGCGCACCAUUUCUCAUGUCAUCAAAUCAGAACAGAGCGCUUUUGGCUUCCGGGUGGCUGCUGCUUCAUUCUCGGUGGCUAUUCUUGCAUUCCUCCACCAAACCCAAGAUUGGUUCAUCCGGCAAAGAUGUAUCUGGGCUAUGAUUGUCAUCGUCAUCGGUAUGAACCCGACAAGUGGACAGACUAUGUUUGGAUUCGUUGCUCGAAUUGUAGCGACGGCAAUAUCACUUGCACUAAGUUUGAUAGUCUGGUAUAUUGUUGAUGGCAAAACAGCCGGGGUGAUAGUAUUCCUGUAUCUUGCGAAUGUUUUCGAGUAUUACUUCUAUGUCAAACUACCUCAGUACUUUGGAGCCUCAGUCAUCGCAAUUGUCACGUUGAAUGUAAUUGUCGGAUAUGAGCUACAGGUCCGCAAACUGGGCAUCACCGAAGCCACAUCAAAUGGCCAACCCUACUACCCCAUCUACAUCUUCGGCCCAUACAAAUUAGCAGCGGUAGCAGCAGGCUGCGCCAUAUCCUUCUUCUGGGUAAUUUUCCCAUACCCAAUAACAGCGAAAUCUCAACUACGCAAACUCCUCGGCAAGAGUCUCUUCGUACUCGCCAAGUUCUACAGCGCAAUGCACACAACAAUAGAGCUCUGGCUCAACAACGAGUUGGGUGAUAUAAGCGACAAAAACUCACCAGCCCACCAGCUCCUCAAAUCUCGACACAGGAUAUUCAAAGAAGAAAUGAUGCUCUUAAGUGGUCUUCGCCAACACAGCCACUUUAGUACCUACGAACCGCCAAUCGGAGGCAAGUUCCCGAAACAGAUCUAUGAUAAUAUCAUCUCAGAGAUCCAGCGCAUUCUCACGAGUAUGUCGUUGAUGGCUCAUACAACCCAGAGCCUGGAGGUACUAGGUAUCGAGCCCGAAUCUUCAGGUGGAGAUAAUGGUGAUAAGUGGAAAGCUCGACUCGCGGAAAUUGCAUUGCAAUCUACGGAUUUUAACUCCCACCGCAUCACGUCCCUGCUUUGUCAUUUAUCAGCUGCUAUUGCCAAUGCACAGCCGUUGCCGCCGUAUCUCUCUACACCAGAUUCAUUUCCACUUGCGCGACAAUUGCAUCAGAUCGAUGACGAGUUAUUGAGUAUUCGGCAUGUGCGGGACCCGGCAUUUUCGGCCUUCGUUUCGCUGGAGGUGCUGAGGUCUGUUGUUAGUUUCAGUUUGCAGGAUUUGAUUGACAAUGUAAGGAAACUUGUUGGUGAGCUGAGCUUUGAUUUCCAUGUCAGGCAGACGCAGCAAUAUGCCGAGUCUUCUCAACUUCUUCAGAACUCAAGUCGCGAGGAUGAAUGA